AUGGGCAAGUUAAUCAAGAACCACUGGGCGCGCCUAGUCAUCCUCACGGCUGCUGCGUAUCAAAUAGGAGCUGCACUUGAAUGCUUCUUCUGGCCCAAGAUCUUCUGGGAUUUCCUCACCAAGAAUCUCGAUGGCGCUGUCAAACCUGUUCCCGUACUACAAGUCAUCAACAUCAUCCUCGGUUUCAUCGGUCUCGCUUGGGAAUGGCCAUUACCGCUGCUCGCUGGUACCGGACUGCACCGUUCGAUUGAGGCCCGCUUGAUUGUCUACCCACUGAGUGCACUAUGUGCGCUCUUGAUCUACCAAGGAACCAACUCUGGACUCUACUACAUCAUUGGCAUGGGAGCGUACUUUUGGGCAUUUAGCGAGGGCGAGGUUGUCUGCCCCGAGCCAUGGACUCUACCCAAACGCGGUUCCACGGCCCGCAAAAUGACCGCAUAG